AUGUCCAACCAGCACGUUCAGCACUUCGAUGAGCAGCCGAUCGGCACCCGCGUCCCCGAGAUGGAGCGUAUGGACAGCAGCGCGUUCGCCAACGCGGAGGACACGGACCCCGCGACGUGGCAGCGCGAGCACAUGAAGCAGCCCCAGCCAUCCUCGCACCCCCGCGACGAUAGCAUGGAGGGCCUGCAGCACCAGCAACGCACGGGCAGCGCAGCCGGGCGCACGGUGUUCACCGAGGAGCGCCCUCUUGGCGUUCAGCCGACGUCUCAAGGCGGCGUCGCGGUCGGUGGGCAGGAGGACAAGCCGAUGGGCCACGCGAAGCUGACUGACAAGAUCGUUGGGAAGACGGAGAAGGUGAUGGGCAAGAUGUCGAAGAACCCGCAGAUGCACGAGAAGGGCGAGCUGCGCGAAGCGGGAGGCAAGGCCGCCGCCACCGGUCAGGCCCGCGCUCCCCACGAUUAG